AUGAGAACAAUUUUGGUUGCUCUGUACUUAACAUGUGUAUUUCUGAAGUCUGAAUCCUUAACCAGAGAUGAUUUUCCACAUGGGUUCACUUUUGGAACUGCAUCUUCAGCCUACCAGUUUGAAGGAGCAGUGGAUGAAGGAAACAAAGGUCCGAGCAUAUGGGAUACCUUCAUAAAGCUGCCAGGGAGAGUAGUUGAUUUCAGCAAUGCAAAUACUGCAGUUGAUCAGUACCAUCGUUUCAAGAGUGACAUAGACUUGAUGAAGGAUUUAGGAAUGGAUGCUUACAGAUUCUCCAUAUCAUGGUCAAGAAUCUAUCCCAAUGGAACUGGUGUACCAAAUCCACAAGGAAUAGAUUACUAUAAUAAUCUUAUUGAUUCUUUGGUGGAAAAAGGAAUUCAGCCUUAUGCAACUUUAUAUCACUGGGACCUUCCACAGUCACUUGAGGAUGCAUAUGGAGGAUUCCUGGAUUCUCAGAUUGUCAAGGAUUUUGAACAAUAUGCCAUUACAUGUUUCAAUGCAUUUGGGGAUAGAGUGAAGCAUUGGAUCACAUUCAACGAGCCUCGUGGUUUUGCAAUUCAAGGUUAUGACUUGGGUGUUCAAGCUCCAGGGAGAUGUUCAAUUGUAGGACAUUUGUUUUGUAGGGAAGGGAAGUCAUCUGAUGAACCAUAUGUUGUAGCCCACAAUAUUUUGUUGUCACAUGCUGCUGUUUACCAUCGCUACCACAAGAAUUUCAAGAAAAGUCAAGGAGGCCAAAUUGGCAUUGCACUGGAUUCUAAAUGGUACGAACCAAUGUCUGAUUGCGAUGAGGACAGAGAUGCUGCAAGUAGAGCUAUCGAUUUUUGUCUUGGAUGGUUCCUUGAUCCACUUCUUCUUGGGAAUUAUCCUGUUUCAAUGCAGAAGCUGGUGGAAGAAAGAUUACCAAAGAUCACUCCUCAAGUCUCAAAGUUGCUGAAAGGAUCCUUGGAUUUUGUGGGCAUAAAUCAUUAUACCACUUUAUACGCCCGAAAUGACAGAACAAGGUUUAAGAAGCUGGUACUGAGGGAUGCGGCUUCUGACUCUGCUGUAAUAACCUCAGCUUACAGACGCGGCGUUGCAAUUGGAGAAAAGGCUGCAUCGUAUUGGCUGCGAAUCGUCCCAUGGGGUCUCAGGAAGCUAACAAAGCACAUCAAUGAGAAAUAUGGCAAUCCACCAGUGAUCAUCACAGAAAACGGUAUGGAUGAUCCAUCUCAUAUAUCACUAGAGAAGGCUUUACAAGACCAGAAGAGGAUAAAUUAUUAUAGGGACUACCUAUCAAACCUGUCAGCUGCUAUAAGAGCCAUGAAGCGAGGCUAUUAUGAAUCUUCGUCUUCUGGGUCUUUUGGAUCACCUCAAUCAAAAGCCAGAUACAGUCCCGAAGCGGAUGCACAUUUUCCCGCUAAUGACCUUGCCAGGAAAGUUGCCGAUCAUUACAGUUCAAGAACCAACCAGACAUUGGAAGAGCGAGAAGCUAGUCCAAUUAUUCAUUUAAAGAAGCUUAACAAUUGGAUUAAAAGUGUUUUAAUUCAAUUGUAUGCCAAACAAGGGGAUGUAGUUCUUGAUCUCGCUUGUGGAAAGGGUGGUGAUUUGAUCAAAUGGGACAAAGCCAGAGUUGGUUAUUAUGUUGGCAUUGAUAUUGCAGACGGCUCGAUAGAAGACUGCCGCGUGCGUUAUAAUGGAGAUGCAGAUCAGCAUAGGCGUAGAAAAAGUUUAUCAUUUCCUGCCAGACUUAUCUGUGCAGAUUGUUUUGAGGUUGACUUGGAUAAUGUUCUUGCUGAUGACGCUCCCUUUGAUGUUUGUAGCUGUCAGUUUGCCAUGCAUUACUCAUGGUCUACAGAGGCACGUGCACGGCGGGCCUUGGCAAAUGUAUCAGCUUUGCUUCGCCCUGGAGGCAUCUUUAUUGGAACAAUGCCAGAUGCCAAUGUUAUUGUUAAAAAGCUUCGUGAAGCUGAAGGGUUAGCUUUUGGAAAUAGUGUCUUCUGGAUACGUUUUGAUGAGGAAUUUUCAGAGAAGAAAUUCAAGUCUUCCAGUCCCUUCGGUAUCAAGUACAAAUUUCAUUUAGAGGAUGCAGUUGAUUGCCCCGAGUGGAUUGUACCUUUUCAUGUCUUCAAGUCAAUGGCCGAAGAGUAUGACUUGGAGCUAGUUUUUGCAAAAAACUCUCAUGCUUUUGUGCACGAAUAUAUGAAGAAACCCGAGUUCAUUGAGCUCAUGAGAAGGCUUGGUGCAUUAGGUGACGGUAACAACGACCGUAGCACAUUAUCACUUGAUGAGUGGGAGGUUGCAUACUUAUAUUUGGCAUUUGCUCUGCGGAAGCGGGGUCAACCUGACCAAAAAAGAACGAAUGUUAGACGUGAUAAAGGCAAGAUGCAUUUGGAACCAUCGGAUAUCAUGUUCAUCCCCAGUUGA